CCCUCCCCCGGGGUGGCGGCCCGGCGGGCGGGGGGAUGCCCACGGGAUGCCCGUGGGUGCGUGUGACCGCAGGCGCCGCCAGCUGAGGGCAGCGGCCGCUCCCGUGGGGGCGGAGACCUCUGCCCGCCGGUCCGCUCGGGGCUUGGCCGCGGCGCAACGGCCGCCCCACGCCCGCCGCCACCCACCCAGCCCCCCGCGUCACGGUAAAGCGGUGCGUGGCCUGAGGUAGCGGUGGCCUUCCGGCCGGCCUAGAAUUACCGGUUGCACUACUCGAGAUAACUGCAAGUGGGCAAGUGCCUUCCCGUUGCCUUGUGAAAGAGGUACACAAUGGCUUACAGCGUGACUCUGAAUGGACCUGGACCAUGGGGUUUCCGACUGCAAGGGGGCAAGGACUUCAAUAUGCCCUUGACCAUCUCCAGAAUCACCCCUGGCAGUAAGGCAGCACAGUCACAGAUGAACCAAGGCGACCUUGUGGUAGCCAUUGAUGGAGUCAACACUGACAGCAUGACCCACUUAGAGGCCCAGAACAAGAUCAAGUCAGCCAGCCACAACUUGAGCCUCACUCUUCAGAAAUCUAAACGUCCAGUGCCAGUUUCAACCACAGCACCCAGAAUUGAUACUCCCAGGGCUGUAAUUCCCCACCAGAAGGAACCUGCUUGGGAAAUCAAUGGCAACAGAACAACCUUCAGUCCUCUAACUAACACAGCGACUGGGCCUGUGGGUAGUGUUUUAGCAACCAAUGGAACGUUUUCAGGCUACCUCAACAAGCAAGAGAUCAGCUUUUCAAAUAGCUCUUCCUACUUAAAGACUACCACAGUUAGAACUUCCAUGUCCUCUCAGUCUGUGACUCCUGACAUUUCACCUGCAAAGAGUAAUCUAGGUGCAAAACUAAGCCCUGUAUUGACUGAUGGCAGUAGUCCUGUACACCAGCUGAGCCCUGCAGGGCAGUAUAACAACCCUAUUGGCCUUUACUCAGCAGAGACUCUAAGGGAAAUGGCUGAGAUGCAUAAAUUAAGUCUCAACCGAAGGGCUUCGGAAGGUGGACUUCCUAGAGGUACCCUUCCUCUUAAAGAUCCUCACGUAGACAGUGCCUCCCCGGUGUAUCAGGCUGUGCUUAAAACUCAGAACAAGCCUGAAGAUGAAAGCGAAGACUGGAGUCGCCGUUCUGCCAAUCUGCAGUCCAAGUCUUUUCGCAUCCUUGCCCAGAUGACUGGAACAGAGUACAUGCAAGAUCCAGAUGAAGAAGCCCUGCGGAGGUCAAGGUAGGCAACUCCCUGUGAAAAAUAUGG